UGAGUGAGCAUGCAAGCAGCAUUCCUUCUCUGACCAUGUACUUUGCCAGUCACAAGGAACAAUCACGAAGGCAUCACAGGGCUGAGAACAUAAUUUAUCCAGCAGCUUUACAAAUUCUGAAGCCUAGGAGAACAACUGUAGAUGGAAUUCAGAAGACUCGUUGAGAGUUCUGCUUGAAAAGCAUGUGGCCAGGGACGGCUUCAAGUUCCAUGUCGCUGAUAUCAAAAACAGGAAUCUUGUGUUUGAUAUUAUUCCAGUUUGUGAGCUCAGAUCCUCCCUGUGAAGAAAAUGAACCGUGUAUCAAUUAUAAUGAGCAUCUCCCCAGUGCCUGGCUUAUCUGGUUAUUUAUGCUCCUCUUCCCAGCUGCUCUCCUGUGCUGUGGGAUCCUUUUCUGUCUCCAGUGCUGGAUCAAGAGGACCAGUCAGGGCUCAACAGGACGAACCGUGGCUGUAUUCGCCCUCAAUGAUUUGGAUUCCAUUUAUGAGACGACUGUACCCUGGGAUCAGUUUUCUAGAGUUUGUCUUCAUUCUCAAAGUGUGGGCCUGUGUCCUGCUUCAGAUUGCAGUGCAGAGAGGCCCCCACCUUCAUAUGAGGACCUGAAGAAGACCAGCAAUUUGAACACCUGAUUGACUGACGGACUUAAGGAGGAUCACAGGCUUUGAAGAUACAGAACAUUUUUGCCUUUGCCUAGUCUCCAGUGGAAAAAUAC